UUCACAUGAGCAGACACAGAGUUGAAGGAUCCUUCAAAUACGCCAAAUCCCCAACCCCAUGCAUCCAUGUCGGCGCAACACCCUCCGCCUUCCUCGCUUAAUCCCGUACAACUCCUUCCCAUUGCAGCUUCAUAUGCAUCGACUGCGGCGAAGGGGAUCAGCUGGCGGAGACAGAGACUCCGACUCGUGUUGAUUUGCCUCGCCUUCCUCUGCUUCGCCUCGUGGGUGUUGUUCCUGCUCCGGGGCGGAGCUGCGGCGGCGGUUCCGCUUCCGGUGACGCUCCGGAGAAGGCUGAGGGUGGUAAUGCAGGAUGUCACGGCGGCCUCGGCGGCGGACAGAGAAUCGCCGGCGACGUUCGAUGAGAGUAAGCGGCGGGCACCGAGCUGCCCAGAUCCUCUCCAUAACCGGUAGACAGUAUUUAAUUAGGCGCCGCAUAUGUUUAGAUUUCAUGUAAAACCAGCAGUAACUCAUUCGAGCGAUUAAUUUUUGAUGUGUUCGUGUAUUAGAUUAGAGUUCAUGAACUUUGCUGAUUGCUUGAUCAGUUUUGAUCUCUUCAA